AUGUGUCAGCUUUUUUGGGAAAUGCAAGCAGAUCAGCACCACAAGAUGGACACGUCUGGGGAAACCCUGUCGAAUCCAGAGCGGCCCCCCGGGCCAGAGUACCCGGGCCCCCGCACCACUCAAAAACCCUCGGGACAGUCGGGGAUCAGAAGUAAAAGGGGCCAGGGUUCAUACCCCACCCUAACGGACGGCCACCUCUCGUCGAAGCCAACGCAUCAAGCCUGUCUGUUUUUGAGGGCAGGAGUUCCCAGUGACCACACUGAUGCAAAAAUCACUGCAACCACCGUCUGCCGAAACCGCAACCCAGUGCCCCCCUUCGGGUCUGCCGAACCCGCAGCCGAAGCCGCAGUGCCUCCUUCAGCGUCUGCCGCAGCCGAAACCGCGUGCCCUACAGCGUCCCGUAGCCGCAACCGCAGUGCCUCCUCAGCUUCUGCCGCGCGCAACCGCAGUGCCUCCUUCACGUUGCCGAGCCGCAACCGCAGUGCCUCCUUCAGCGUCGCCGCAGCCCAACCGAGUGCCUCCUUCAGCGCCCCCAGCCGCAACCGCAGUGCCCCCUUCGCUCUCCCGACCCGCAACCGCAUGCCCCCUUUCGGUCUCCGCAGAACAAACCGCAGUGCCUCCUUCAGCGUCUGCCGCCCCGAAAACCCGCGGGCCCUCCUUCAGGUCUCCCGCAGCCCCCAACGCAGUGCCCCCUUUCAGCGUCUGCCGCGGGCCGCAGCCAAACCGCAGUGCCCCCUUUCAGCGUCGCCGCAGCCGCCCCCGUGCCUCCUUCAGCGUCUGCCGCAGCCGAAAACCGCAGUGCCCCCUUCACGUCUGCCGCGCCGCCCGCAGUGCCUCUUCAGCGUCUCCAAACCGCCGUCCCCCUUUCGCUCUGCUAAAGCCGCUGCCUCCUUCAGCGUCUGCCGCAGCCAAACCGCAUGCCCCCUUCAGCGUCUCCCGCACCGCAAAACGCAGUGCCCCCUUUUCACUCUGCCGAGCCGCAACCGCAGGGCCCCUCAGCGUCUGCCGCGCCGAAACCCGCAGGCCCCCUUCAGCGUCUGCCGAAGCUGCAGCCAAAAACCGCAGUGCCUCCUUCAGCUCCUCCCGCACCGAAGCCGCAGUGCCUCCUUCGGGUCUGCCGAACUCAGCCGCAACCGCAUCCCCUCCUUCAGGCUGCCCCACCGAGCCGCAGUGCCCCCUUUCACGUCUCCCCGAGCUGCAACCGCAGUGCUCCUUCAGCUCUGCCGCAGCGAAGCGCAGGCCUCCUUCAGCGUCUGCCGCGCCGCAGCCAACCCGCAGGCUCCUUCACUUUUGCCGCACCCGCACCAAGCGCCGUCUGCCAAAAGGCCGCACCCCAACCGCAGGCCUCCUUCGCGUCUGCCGCACCGCAACCGCAGUGCCCCCUUCACGUCUGCCGCAGCCGCAGGGGGCCGCAAGUGCUUUUUUCAGCAUCUGCUGCAGCUGCAACCGCAUGCCCCCUUCGCGCGCCAAGCCGAAAACCCGCAGUGCCCCCCCUUCAGGUCUGCCGACCCGCAACCGCAGUGCCUCCUUCACGUCUGCCGCGCCGCCCCGCCCCGCAGUGCUCCUUUCAGCGUCUCCCGCAGCCGCAGCCAAACCGCGUGCUUCCUUCAGCUUCUGCCGCAACCGAGUGCCCCCCUUCGCUUCUGCCGAAACCGAGUGCCUCCCAGCAUCUCCGCACCCGAAAACCGCAGUCCCCUUCAGGUCUCCCGCAGUGCCCCCUUCAGCGUCGCCGCAGCCGCAGCUGCAACCCGCAGUGCCUCCUUCAGCGUCUGCCGCGCCGCAGCUGAAACCCCGCAGUCCCUCCUUCACGUCUGCCCACCGCAACCGCAUGCCCCCUUCAGCUCUGCCGAAAGGCCCCAACCGCAGUCCUCCUUAGCGUCUGCCGAAGCCGCGUGCCUCCUUCACGUCUCCCGCAGCCCAACCGGGGGCUUCCUUCAGCGCGCCGAGCCGAAACCGAAAUGCCUCCUUCAGCUCUGCCGCAGCCGCAACCGCAGUGCCCCCUUUCAGCGUUGCCGAAGCUGCAGCCGCAACCGCCUCCUUCACGUUGCCGCACCCGAAGCCGGUGCCUCCUUCAGCGUCUGCCGCGCCAACCGCAGUGCUCCUUCAGGUCUGAUGAACCGCGCCGCAACCGAGUGCCCCCUUUCAGCGUUCCCGCACCGCAACCGCAGUGCCCCCUUUCGCUUGCCGCGCCAAGCUCAGUGCCUCCUUCACGUCGGCCGCAGGCAACCGCAUGCCUCCUUCAGCGCGCCGAUGCCCCUUCAGCGUCUGCCGCAGCCGCAGCCGAAGCCGCAUGCCUCCUUCAGCGUCUCCGCAGCCACAGUGCCCCCUUACGUCUCCCCCACAGCUGCACCGAGUGCCUCCUUCACGUCUGCCGCAGCCGAGCCGCAACCGCAGUCCCUCCUUCAGCUCUGCCGCGCCGCAACCGCAAGUGCCCCCUUUCAGCGUCUGCCGAGCCGGGGCAGGCCGCAACCGCAGUGCUUCCUUCGAUCGCUGCACUGA